AACCAGUUCUGGCCCUUUCCGACUUCCGUUCAUCACUGUUUAGAACUACUGUUUUCCUUUGGAGUGCAGAGUGGGUUGGGCAGUAUUUGAGGAGCCCUGCCCCACACGUGGGCUAGCUGAAACCACUACUUCUACUCACUCUAUCCGUCUCCAUCCAAGGCUCCUGUGGAAGAAAACUUCACGGACUCUGCGUUGUGUUCAAAAGGGUAAACAAAACAAGGCCCCCGUGGUAUUCAGCAUUCAGUAGCAACAUGGGCACCGUAACAUCAGCAGAGCUCGUCCUUGGAUCCUUCAGACACCAAAGAAUGAAGAAGAUGAGCAACAUCUAUGAAUCCGCUGCCAAUACGCUGGGAAUCUUUAACAGUCCCUGCCUGACAAAAGUGGAGCUGCGUGUGGCAUGCAAAGGCAUUUCUGACAGAGAUGCCCUUUCCAAACCAGACCCCUGUGUCAUCCUUAAAAUGCAGUCCCACGGGCAGUGGUUUGAGGUCGACAGGACAGAGGUGAUUCGUACCUGCAUAAACCCCAUCUACUCCAAGUUGUUCACAGUGGACUUCUACUUUGAAGAGGUGCAGCGUCUGCGCUUUGAGGUCCACGACAUUAGUAGCAAUCACAAUGGGCUGAAGGAAGCAGACUUUCUCGGGGGCAUGGAGUGCACUCUCGGCCAGAUCGUUUCUCAGAGGAAGCUGUCCAAGUCCCUACUGAAGCACGGAAAUACAGCAGGGAAAUCCUCCAUAACGGUGAUUGCUGAAGAAUUAUCCGGCAAUGAUGACUACGUUGAACUUUCUUUCAACGCCCGGAAAUUAGAUGACAAGGAUUUCUUCAGUAAAUCUGAUCCAUUUCUGGAAAUCUUCCGUAUGAACGAUGAUGCAACUCAACAGCUUGUUCACCGAACUGAGGUUGUGAUGAAUAACUUGAGCCCAGCCUGGAAAGCGUUCAAAGUAUCUGUAAAUUCUCUGUGCAGUGGAGACCAGGACCGUCGAUUAAAGUGCAUAGUUUGGGAUUGGGACUCCAAUGGCAAACAUGACUUCAUUGGAGAAUUUACCUCGACUUUUAAAGAAAUGAGAGGAGCAAUGGAAGGGAGACAGGUACAGUGGGAGUGCAUAAACCCCAAAUACAAAGCAAAGAAGAAGAAUUACAAGAACUCGGGCAUGGUCAUUCUGAACCUGUGCAAGAUCCACAAGAUGCAUUCCUUCUUGGAUUACAUCAUGGGUGGAUGCCAAAUACAGUUUACAGUAGCUAUAGAUUUCACCGCUUCAAACGGUGACCCCCGGAACAGCUGUUCCCUGCAUUACAUCCACCCUUAUCAGCCCAAUGAGUACCUGAAGGCCUUGGUAGCCGUCGGGGAAAUAUGCCAAGACUAUGACAGUGAUAAAAUGUUCCCAGCCUUUGGUUUUGGAGCCAGGAUACCUCCCGAGUACACGGUCUCUCAUGACUUUGCAAUCAACUUUAAUGAAGAUAAUCCUGAAUGCGCAGGAAUACAAGGAGUUGUUGAAGCAUAUCAGAACUGCCUUCCUAAACUCCAGCUCUACGGGCCAACUAACAUUGCCCCGAUCAUCCAGAAGGUAGCCAAGUCAGCAUCAGAGGAGACCAACACCCAGGAAGCCUCGCAAUAUUUCAUCCUGCUGAUCUUGACGGACGGCGUGAUCACAGACAUGGCUGACACCCGCGAGGCCAUCGUCCACGCCUCCCACCUCCCCAUGUCGGUCAUCAUCGUUGGCGUCGGGAACGCCGACUUCAGCGACAUGCAGAUGCUGGAUGGGGAUGACGGGAUCCUGAGGUCUCCAAAGGGCGAGCCUGUCCUCCGAGACAUCGUCCAAUUCGUGCCGUUCAGGAACUUCAAGCAUGCAUCUCCGGCUGCACUAGCGAAGAGCGUUUUGGCCGAAGUUCCCAACCAAGUCGUGGACUAUUACAACGGUAAAGGGAUUAAACCCAAAUGUAUGUCUGAAAUGUACGAGUCUUCCAGGACACUAGCACCGUGACCCUCUCCACAUACUUUUAUGGCGUUCAGAAAUAUUACUGCUAAUACUACUUAAUAAUCCUCCUAUUCCAGUACUUUAAAAACAUUUUAAAAACAUAGCACGUUUCGGUGAUUUUUAACUGACAGUUUUUUUGCAUGUGUAGCCCCCCGGGCUAGGAUCUAUUAAACCGUUGUAUCGUUGAAGACUUUUUAUGAAGAAAAACAGAAUUAACACUUUACAGCAUGUCGCCUUGAAAUAAAAUGGUCUCUGUAUCUGUUUUUUAUACAGGUUUGUUGAAAUUUUGCUAAAUUUCUUAUCUUUACACUGUAAAGCAUUUUGAAACAUUUAUUGAGCGUCGAUAGGCAAAACGUAUUUGGUUUUAUCUGCUACCGGGUACGAGAAUUUUUCAAAACGGCAGAUGCAUGGCCUGUAAUUUGCAUGUUUAAAAUAAAACCACCCAGUUUUA